AUGGAACAUAGAAGAAACUCAUCAUCAUCAUCAUCAACAUGGUUCCUAUUCACAACUCUUUCUUGUCUUUUUCUUUCAUGUUUCUUAGGAUCUGUUGGAGCUUACAAAAAUUACACAGUGGGAGAUUCUUUAGGCUGGUUUGACAAACUUGAAAAACCUGCGGUUAAUUAUCAGAAAUGGGUUGCCAAAAAACAAUUCAGCUUGGGAGAUUUUCUCAUUUUCAAUACGGACAGUAACCACACUAUUGUUCAAACAUACAAUUUCACAACAUACAAACAAUGUGACUACGAUGAUGCACAAGACAAAGACACACUCCAAUGGUCAUCGGGUUCUCAAUCCAACGGCGAAGUAACUCCACUGACAGUGGCAGUUCCUUUGUUGAAAGAAGGACCAACAUAUUUCUUCUCAAGUGAUUAUGAUGGUGAGCAAUGCAAAAAUGGACAACAUUUCAAAAUAAAUGUGACUCAUGGAUUAGGGUUGCCGAAGAGUCUUCUACCGGAAGAUGACUCUCCGUCGCCUAGUAGUCCAGUUUCCGGUGACGAUGACUCGGCACCGGACACAACUGUUCCUUCCAAUUUCAACAAUCCUAAGGAAGACAAAGAUGAUGAUAAAACAAGUGAUGAGAAAUCUGGUUCUUAUUCAGUGUUGAAGUAUGCACAACUUUACAACAAGUUUUAUGUGUUUCUUGUCUUGUUAGGGGUGUUUUUGUUAUUUUAA